AUGUUUUCAAAAAUUUUAGAAAUAUCGAUGCAUCGAUGUUUGUAUACCAACAUAUAUUGUCCACCUCUACAUACUCAGCGUCAUUAGCAAAACAAUUGCCGGCAAAAUUAAUUGUCAAGUUCAAUAUAAUGAAUUUCGUUAACGAAAUCGAUGGUGUCAAGAAGGCGAUUAUUGAGAACGCACAGUUGAUGAGGUCAUUCGAAAAUAUCGGUAAUGAUGAGUUUCGCGAUAAAUUGAAGAAGUUUAAUGAUGAAAUCGAAACAAUGCGUCUGGAGUUGGGCGAAACAUUAAUUGGAUUGAAAACCAGACAAAAACGUUUAGAUAAUAUGUUGGAUAAAGCCGCCAAUGAAUGCCAAACAUUGGAAGAACUCGAAGCAAAAUACGAGGAAUUCCAACAAACUGAAGGCAAGAAACGCAUGAGCAUUAAACUGUGCACAGAGUUUAAAGAAUUUAAACAGGAAUUAAUGAAUAAUCCAAGCGCCAACGCUAAUAUCGAUGCAGAAGUCAUUGAACAAGAUGAUAAUGCCAUUUGUUCCAUGUACGAUCCGUGGACCAAAAACUUAAUGUUGAAUCCGGUUCGCAACAUAAAAUGCGGUCAUAAUUAUGAUCGAGAUUCGGUUAUGGCGGUUAUAAAGGAUAGAUUAAACAUUCAUUGUCCAAUUGUCGGCUGCGCCAGCAAAGUUUACGUGCAACCCAAUCAUCUGGUCCCCAAUGAGCCGUUGCAGGAAAGGAUUCGCGUUUACAAAAUACAGCAGGAUGAUGAUGAAGAUAACAACUAAUCAAAAUUAACAUGUGGUUGUAAUCAAAGUAAUGGCUGUAAGAAGUAAAUAAAAAGAUUUGAGAUUUUUUGUAAGGCUU